AUGGAUCUCGAGAAGCUACUAGGCUAUGGAUAUGUUAUUCCGUGGUCAAUCUCGGCAUACCCACCAGUCUACCAUAAUUGGCGACGGAAUUCGGCUGCUGCAAUGUCACUAGAUUUUGUAAUGAUGAAUAUAGUUGGAUAUUUCUAUCUGCUUUGUUCGCUUUCGCUACAGCUUUUCUGCUGGCUGGAGGGCUCGCAAGACUCGGGCAAUGUGUCUAGACCGAAAGUCACCAACUUCGACUUCUGGUAUUGCUUGCAUGGGUUCAUCCUGAAUUUAGUGGUCCUCAGCCAAGUGGUUUGGGGCGCGAGGAUUUGGAAUUUCCAGAAGGGCAGCACCUCAAGAAUGAAACCAAUUUAUGGUAGAAUCUUAGCGUUCAGUUUGGCCGUGUGUAUGGCGUCUACGGUACAGAUUAUGUGGCAGCAAGCACAUCAUGGCUGGAACAACGCGGAUACUUUGGCAUUCUGCAAUAAAUUAUACUUGCUUAAGAUCAGCAUGUCUCUUAUAAAAUACAUACCCCAGGUCAAACACAAUUUCGAACGUAAAAGCAUGAAGGGCUUCCCUAUUCAGAGCGUUGUGUGCGAUGUCUUUGGAAGCGUUUGCUCUUUGUCACAAUUAGCUUUGCAAAUAGCGCGCGACGAGCCGAUUCUGACGGUAGAGGUGGUAAGCGCUAAUUUCGGCAGGAUUGGUAUUGCCCUGGUGACUUUAUUCUUUAACUUCGUUUACAUAUCGCAAUGGCUUUUGUAUGGAGAAUAG